GCGAUGGCGGCGCGUUUCGCGGUCCCUGGGUGCCGACGGCGCUGGUAACCAGGGUGACGCGGCGGCGUUGGGCCCAGCGAAGGCGGCGUGCCUCCACAUUAGCUCUCAACUUUGUACGAGCACCAUGACUUCUGUAAUGGGGGAUCCAACAUUAGAACAGCAUUUUAAAGGCCAUCGUGACACCAUCACAAGUAUCGACUUUAACUCUAACAUGAAGCAGUUAGCAACUGGAUCUAUGGAUUCGUGUGUCAUGAUUUGGAAUUUGAAACCACAGAUGAGAGCAUAUCGAUUUGUUGGUCACAAAGAUGCAGUCCUUUCGAUUCAGUUCUCGCCCUCUGGUCAUUUAUUGGCUUCUGCUUCCCGAGAUAAAACAGUGCGCCUCUGGGUUCCCAGUGUGAAGGGUGAAUCGACAGUAUUAAAAGCUCAUACUGGCACCAUACGAAGCGUUCAGUUCUCCAGGGAUGGACAAUCAGUGGUUACUGCUUCUGAUGACAAAACAAUCAAAGUUUGGACAGUUCAUCGACAGAAGUUUCUUUUUUCUCUAAGCCAGCACAUAAAUUGGGUUCGAUGUGCCAAGUUUUCUCCAGAUGGACGGCUCAUUGUUUCUGCUAGUGAUGAUAAAACUAUUAAAAUAUGGGACAAAGCUACUAGGGAAUGUAUACAUUCAUUUUAUGAACAUGGAGGAUUUGUUAACUAUGUAGAUUUUCACCCCAAUGGAACCUGCAUUGCAGCAGCAGGGACAGACAAUACUGUGAAACUUUGGGAUAUUCGUAUGAAUAAACUUCUUCAACAUUAUCGAGUGCAUAGUGCUGUGGUAAACUGCCUCUCAUUUCAUCCAACUGGAAAUUACCUCAUCACUGCAUCAAAUGAUUCAACACUGAAGAUACUUGAUUUAUUGGAGGGAAAGUUAUUGUACACUCUCCAUGGUCAUCAGGGUCCAGCUACUUGUGUUGUUUUUUCCAAUGCUGGGGACUUCUUUGCUUCGGGUGGUUCAGAUGAACAGGUUAUGGUAUGGAAGACUAAUUUUGAUGUUACAGAUUGUGAGGAAAAAUUUAAAAAUCAUUCUCUGCCUGUUAAUUGUGUGGUAAAGGAGCCAAACUUUUCUUCUCAGCCGCCGGAACAUGCUUCAACAUCAAAUGCUGCGAAGACAGUGACAAUCCUGGAACAGCGACUUACAUUGACAGAAGACAAACUACGUGAAUACCUUGACAAUCAGCAGAAGUCUUGACUACUUUCAGGUGACUGAAGAUGGAUGAAAAUGGAAUUGAGAGACCUUAAAUAGCAGGCGUGCUUAAUGUGUAUAAAACGAGCAAUCACCAACCCAAGUUUGUAAAAUAGUUCAUCCUCUAAUAUUGUUCAAUAAUAAUAACAAUGACACUUAAAGUUGUGAGAUAUACAGUAUAGCGUUUGUAUUUUGUUAUUAUUCCCUCUGCAUGAGCUAGUAUUUCUUAAUCCUAGUAUAUAGUUUUGUUUCACCCCAAAACUGUCCCACAUAUAUUCACAUAUCAUAUGUUCAAUAAGCCUCUUUUGGUAACAUAAUGGUUUAAAUAUUAUUUUUCUCAAACAAAGUUUAAUUGUUGACUUGUUUCAUUUGGAUAUAAAUUGAACAGGUGCUUAACAGGCAUGCUUUAUUUUGAAGAGCAGAUCAGGAAUUUUGCAAGAGUACUUUGGUUUUUGUGCAGUAUCACAAAAUCAAUUGGAAGGAAAAUGUUUUCUUGGUGAACUGAAGUGAAAUAUAUUUUUAAACAACAGAGCUUACAUAAACUAAAUAAAAUCUUGAACAAAAAUUCUUCAAUAAGAAUUGCAGUCUCAGUUGCAGUUAUACAUGUUUUGUAUCCAUAUGUUAACAAUUGACAAAUAUGCAAGGACUUUAUUUUUCAUAUGAAAUCAGCAAUAAUUUAUAAUUGGAAUAUAGUUAACAUAUCAAUGAAUGGUUUCUGAGCUGUAUACUAUUUAAAUAAUGAGAAGAGUGAGAUUUAUAUUUCUUUAUUAAAAAUAUUACCUCUAUUUGCACUGCUUGUUCUUCCACCUGACUUUAUAUUAUAAUGUUUUGUCAUAGAUUUUAUGUUGACUUUUCUAUAAUUAUAUGUCCUCAUAGCAACAUUAAAAAUGUGUUUGUUCAAAAUGAUAAUUGGAUUCCCUUUGGUUGCAAAAUUGCUUUUUCAUUUUUUUCUCUUUAAUUAUUGAAGCUUCAAAUCUCCUAAAUAAAGGGUUACAUAUAAAAGAUGUGUUAAUUUAAAAAGCUAUAUAUUUCAGAUAGAAUAUGAUCAAAUGUAUCCAUCGAUUUGUUUCUUUUAAUGUCUGCAAUCGUAUUUUGCGUAAAUCCUUCAAUCUUUCCCAAAUUGAUUUUGAUAUUUUGCAUGCAUCUGCCAUGUUGAAUUUGAAGUACAAAUUUGUGCUUGUAAUUCUAGACAAUAUCAGUGCAAUUCAGACAUCUUUACAAAUGUAUUUUUCUUGAGCUUCAAGGAAUUUCUAUUGAAAUGUUUUCUGAUUUGAAGAAAAUUUGGAAAACAAAUAUCAAAAUAUUUCUUCAGAUAAGAAGUCUUUGGGGAAUUAAAAGAAAUACUGAUUACAUUGCAGUUAUAGAUUUUAUCUUGUAUUCCAUAAUCUUAAGAAAUCUGCUCUCCUGCUGUUGCUUGUACAUUUAUAUAAUUCUAAUAGCUUUAAAUUCAUGUAACUUUGAAGCAGAAAAGGUUCUUGUAUGGUUAACGACAAGAAAACAUAGAUUUUCCUAGGUAACAGAUGUCAGAAUCACAGAUGGCGCUUUUACUCAUCUCAACAUUUUUAUCCAAUUGAAUUUGAAAAUUCUAUUUAUGUAUUGUUAAUAACCACUAAAAAAGAUGUUUUACAUUGCUUAUAGCUUAACAGAAAUAACCAAGAUCGGGCGCCAUGGUGGAGUAGUGGUUAAUGCGAUGCUAUUACAGCUGGGGGCAUCGGAGUUCAAUUCCAGUGUACUCUGUAAGGAGUCUCUGUAGCCCCUCCUUGUGGAAUGCAUGGGUUUUUCCAGGGUGCCCCGAUUUCCUCCCAUGGUCAUUCUCA